AUGGCUAAAGUGGUCGAGCUUCUUUAUGAAACCAACCGCGUACUCAGGGAUGUAGUGGACUUCUUGGUCAAACAAAAAGAUAUCACUCCGGGCGACGAGGUUUUGCAAAUUUCCGACAGGCUGUGCAGUAUUCUGGCUCAGCAAGUCCGAAAAUAUGAGCCAUACACUUCUUCUGGAGCAGGCGAACAAAGUGAAAUCAAUGGCAAAUGUGAACAGGAUCAACAAAAUCGUCAUAUCUCGCCACUGUCGGACAAACUCUCGUGA